AUGUGGGAAUACUGUGAGAAAAUCCUCAGAUACGUCGGCUCUGAUAUGUGCGGGUUCGCUGGUGAAUCAAAUGAGGAACUGUGCUUGAGAUGGCAACAGAUGGGAGCUUUCCAUACAUUCAUGAGAAAUCAUAAUAGCCUCUAUUUGCCACCACAAGAUCCUGCACAAUGGAGAUCGGUCACUGACGCUACAAUCAAAGCCAAUCUUUUCCGAUAUUCCUAUCUACCGUAUCUAUACAGCUUACAUUUUGAAGCUUCACUAUAUGGCAGAACAGUUAUUCGACCUCUGUUCUAUGAAUAUCCAGAAGAUAGCAGAACCCAUGAUCUUGGCAAUGAAUUCUUGUGGGGUAGCUCUAUGCUCAUAGCUCCUGUUCUUUACCAGGGCGCAAGGAGUGUGAAUGCUUAUUUACCUAAGAAUGACUGGUACUCACUCUUCGAUCAUGAAUACGGUCAACUAUUUGGAAAAGGCGAUCACACCUUCCCUGCUCCAUGGACUUCUCUGAUCCCAGUUCUAACUUCGUUUCCGAGUCACAAAAUAAUUAUAGCCGGCUCGAUAUUGCCCCGUCAAGCGCCAAACGUCACGACGGAGUAUACUCGUAAAAAUGCAUUCGAGCUUUUGGUUGCUCCUCUCAAGAACAAUGGAUAUGGCCAUGCUUCUGGCUACCUAUACUGGGACGAUGGCGAGAGUAUUGUCGAUUCAUUCGCGAAGCAUCCCUACUAUCACUGGACGUUCAGCUACAGUAGCUCUGAUGUCGUUUCAAACUUGGUUAUAACAACAGAGAAAAAAGCGGUCAACGUAGAUAAGUCCGCAUCGUACUAUGACAAGAAUACAAAGAUCUUAUAUAUCUCGACGAAGAAUCUCAUUGACAUAUCAGUCGGAUCAACAAAUACGCUG